GGACGGUCACCGGGACAUACCAACAGUGCUUACGUCCGUGAUAAUCUCGACACUGUACACUUCCCCAUCACCCCGCGCAAUAGCUUUCAGUUAAAAACCCCUCAAUGGUGCACCGGAUUUCGCGCACCUAGCCUCUCUACCUCGCGCCACACAAUCGACUGCCUUCACGUUAUGGCUUCAAGUUGUGGGUUCGACAAGGACUUGGUCUUUGGCCCCGUCGUCGACGGGUGCCGGCGGAUGUUCGACUUCACUCUCGUUUUCGAAGAGGCCAUCCUGACCCUGCUUCCCUCCACGCUUGGGUUUAUUUGGGCCGCCAUUGCCCUCCUUCGCCUUGCCCGGAGACAGAGGACGGAUGUGGUUCUUGUCACUUGGCGAGAAACUGCAAACACGUGCAUUGCCCUUCUUGUCGUUCUCGUCCAGGCAGCUAUCGCCAUCGUCACAAGCUUGAACCCCAUCAUCAAAACUCCCAUGACAGUGCCGACAGGUGUGCUUUCCUCGCUCCUGUCCUCACUUGUUUUAGCCCUCUUUUAUUACAGAACACCGAGAUCAUGCCGCCCCUCCUCCGUCAUUGCCGCCAUACUUGGCCUCUCCCUCCCCUCCGAAGCGGCUCGUUGUCGCUCCUACUGGCUGCUACGGGAGAAGCUGCCAGCCAGUCUUUUGUUGGCCCGUAUCGGCCUCAAGGCAGUUCUUUUCUUGCUCGAAGACUUGAGAAAGCCAGCCAGAGGCGCUGUAGAGAAGUCUUCAGAGGAGAAGGGCGGCGUCAUUGAGAAAUCUCUUUUCCAAUGGUUGGUGCCACUCCUUUUGGCAGGUUAUCGCAAGCCUCUGGAGUCGGAGGACCUCCGUCCCGUGGACGGCGUCAUGUACUCUGCGAGCCUGGAAACAAGAUUUGAACCCAUUCUUACAAUCAAGCAUACAGACGCGGUCACAUCCAACGGUCUGGUUUUGCUGACACUGAAAUGUCUGGGCCCUGCUCUGUGGUAUCCCCUGCUCCCGCGAGUUGCUUUGAUUGCAUUCGGAGUAGCCCAGUCAUUUCUCACAGGCAGCUUGCUGAACUAUUUGCAAGCCGGUGACUCGUUACCCGACUCACACGGCUACGGCCUCAUCGGAGCAACUGCUCUUACCUACGUCGGGACCGCGCUCGUUACGGGUUGGUACUGGCACCACGUCUACAGAUCAUCCACAAUUGCUCGGGGCGGCCUCGUGAUGGCCGUCUUCUCCAAGAUGCUGCGGCUCCCAGAAGAUGCUAGCACCGAGUCCAAGGCCAUGACACUCAUGGUUGCCGACGUCCAACGCAUCGCGACUGGCUUGAGCUACCUCCACGAAUUGUGGGCAACCAUCAUCGAAGCAGCCGUCUUCACGUACUUGCUGCAUGACCGUGUUGGACACUCAAGUCUGGUCGUCAUCGGCUUGGCAAUAGUGUGCAUGUUGCUCUCCUCGGUCAUUUCCAAAUCCGCAAGUAGGGCGCAACAGAAAUGGCUCAAUGCAGUCCAGUCGAGGCUCCGCGCUACCCAGAAGAUGCUUUCAUCUCUCAAAGCCAUCAAGAUGAUGGGCAUGGAGAGUCGCGUACACGGCUUGGUAUCUAGCCUGCGGCUUGACGAGAUGAGGGCCGCCAAACCGUUCCGGAAGCUGCUUACUAUGACGGCGGUACUUUCCUACGCAACCCUGACGCUCUCCCCCCUACUGGUGUUUGGCGUGUACCUAGCGGUCACCGGCAUGGACUCGUCGGCAGUGGACGCACCAAGGAUGUUUACCUCGCUCGUCUUGAUCGCGCUCCUUGCGUCCCCGUUGAUCCACCUAUUUCAGGCGCUCCCAACCUUGGGGGCUGCUUACGGAUGUUUCCAGCGGUUGCACGACUUCUUGAGCCUGGAGGAACGGCCGCCAGUUGGGGAUGGAGACCCGACGGUCCUUUUGCCACCUGAUGUUGUGGUUUCGAUUAGGAAUGCCUCCCCUGGUUACGACUUGACGAAACCGCUCCUCCACGACGUGAGGCUUGACCUCAAAAAGGGUAAACACGUGGUGAUCUUGGGUGCUGUGGGCACAGGGAAAACGUUACUGCUAAAGUCGAUUCUGGGCGAGGCUUACGAUUUAGGAGGGAAGGUUCACAGCUCUACUAGCAGCUUUGCUUACUGUUCCCAGAAUCCGUGGCUGGAGAACAUAUCGGCCGAGUCGAACUGGAUUCAGCACGCCGAAGGGGAUGCAGACUGGCUGAAGCGGGUUUUGUAUGCCUGCGCCCUGGAUGAUGUUGUCAAGCUCUCGGAUUAUAGCUCAGGGAAGAUCGGUAGCGGCGGAACACGGCUGAGCGGAGGCCAACGCCAACGACUUGCAAUCGCAAGGGCCGUGGCUCUGAACAGAGAGAUCCUCAUUCUCGACGACGUCUUCAGUGCUUUGGAUCCUACGACCAAGUCCAAGAUUGUCAACCGCCUUCUCGGGCCAAACGGUCUAGUCCGUUCGUGCCAAAUGACGGUCAUAUCCACAACUCAUGAUCGGAGUAUGCUUGCUCUAGCGGAUGAAGCGUAUGAGAUAGAUGCGACAGGUCAUCUUCGGCGGAUCAAUGUCACUAUCCGACCACAGAAGUACGAGGAGGAGGAGAUGGAGAUUAGGCCAUUCCCUUCCCUGUUACCCAUCAAGGCGGACGAAAAGACAACACUUCCACCGACUGUCACUGCUACCGAAUCAGCCAGCCCAACGGAGGUCGAACGAAACUGCUCCCACAACGACCGAGGACCUGCAGUCACCGACAGGCAGGUUUACAAAACAUAUGCUGAAUCCAUGGGGCUGUGGCAUGCCCUGGUUUUCCUUGUUGCCGGAGUUGUCUUUGGGGUCGCUCUAAAGCUGCCAGAUCUUUGGAUUCAGUGGUGGACCGACGCGCUUCGGACACCAUCUCACCGACCCAACAACUUUUGGUUGGGUGUCUAUGGUCUGCUGACAGGAAUGCCCUUGUUCAUUCUAGCAAUAUGGGUUGCGCAUCUCAUGCUCGUGGUGGUCCCCAUUUCAGGGGUAGCUCUACACACAGAUCUGCUUUCCACAGUUAUAGCCGCCGCCUUCCCCUCCAUCAGCCGUGUCGACACCGGCCAUCUCCUCAACCGCUUCAACCAAGACCUCAUGUUCAUCGACACCACCCUCCCCCUAGCCCUCUUCAACACCUCCUCCGAGCUCUUCACGGGCCUCGUCCAGAUCAUCCUCAUCGCCCUCGCCUCCCUGCAAGCCCUCUCCGUCCUCCCCCCGCUCUUCGCCGCCCUCUACCUCAUCCAGCGCUUCUACCUCCGCACCUCCAAACAGCUCCGCCUCCUCGAACUCGAGACCAAAGCCGACCUGCACACCAAGCUCGCCGAAACAGCCGCCGGCAUCACCACCAUCCGCGCGCACGCCUGGACCCCCUCCGUGCGCGCCAGCUUCGCCGCCAGCCUCGACCGCUCCCAGGAGGGCUUCUACCUGCUCUACGCCGUCCAGCGCUGGCUGCAACUGGUGCUGGGCCUGGUCGUGGCAGGGCUGGUGCUGAUUGUCACCGGGGUUGCGGUGCGGCUGAAUAUGGAGGCCGGCAAGGUGGCGGCGGUGGGCGCUCUUGGUGUGGCGCUGACGAAUGCGACGUCGGUUGGGGAGACGCUGACGAAUUUUAUUGUCUCGUGGACGUCGUUGGAGACGGCGCUGGGGGCGGUGGCGCGGGUUGUGGCGUUUAAAAGGGAUACGCGGCGCGAGGGUGUGGGUGGUGGGGGGGUGGGUGAGUACAUGCAGGUGCCUGAUAGCUGGCCGCAGACGGGGGAGGUUGAGUUUGUCAAUGUGUGGGCGUCGUAUGGAACUGCUGAUGAUGCUGGGCUGCCGGGUGGCGAUGGUGACGGCUCGAGUGAGUCGGCGUGGGGUCUCAAGGGUGUCUCGGUUACCUUCAAAGCCGGCUCCAAGGUGGCCAUCUGCGGUGCUACCGGAUCUGGCAAGUCGACCAUGCUGCUGGCAAUUCUCGGCAUGAUUGACAUCAGCGCAGGGUCCGUCAUGGUAGACGGGGUGUCGAUUUCGCAACUCCCGCCUGCAGCUCUCCGGCAACGGUUCGAGGUGAUCUCGCAGGAUUAUUUCAGCUGCGCCCAGACCGUUCGGGAAGAGCUCGACCCGGAUGGCAAGUUUUCGGAUGAAGAGAUUCGACAUACCCUACAGGAGUGCGGUCUCUGGGACAAGAUCUGCGACUCGACGGGCCUGACCGGGCCGAGGGAAGAACUGAACUUGUCGAACGGGGAGUCGCAGCUCCUAUGUCUUGCACGAGUGAUGCUUGGGAGCACACAACACCCGGAAGGGAUCCUAUUGCUCGACGAAGCUACUUCGAGCCUCGAUGCCGAAACGGAUGAUAGAAUACACAGGCUUGUGCUGGAGAAGCUUGGUCGGAAAACAACCUUGUCAGUAUCCCACCGACCUGAGACGGCGGCCAGGUUUGAGGAGAUGGUGGUGAUGGACAAUGGGAUUAUUGUGGACCGAGGCAAGACGUCAGAAGUGAUGAAGCGAUGCGAGCUGUUCUCACAGUGACGUUAACCGGGUUUUCGGGUGGCAGGGGGUUUUCGUAGUCAUUGUUCAUUAAUUAUUACAUACCUAGCCUUGACAGCAAUUCAGCUUCGGCGCUGUGGUGUCUAGCAACCUUUGGAUGCCCGCAUGUAAAGGUACGAUUGCACUCUACAUGACCACUCGACAUCUUUUGGGGACAUUUUCAGGGACUG